AUGCGCUCGUCCCUGCGGAUUGCCGAGCUCGUGGUCUGCGGGGAGCCGUGCCUGGGCGGUGCGAGCCCCGCAGCAGGCAAGAUUUCCGAAGGUUUCUCGGAGGGGAUAUUGCAGAGUGCAAGUGUGAAGCCUCAGGUGCCUCCCCAUGCCUUGGCCCUCUACCAGCAGCAGAUCACGAAAGCCCACGAGUCUGCCCGUGAGGACAUGCCCCCGAGCAAGCUAUCGCAGUCCCAGCAGCAGCAGGCUGAGAAGGAGCAGCAGCAGCCAAGCAGCAGUCCCAGGGGAAAGAGCAGGAGCCCCGCUGUCGGUGAUAAGGAAGAAAAGUCCGUGCAUUUCUCAUCCAUCGCAGAGGCUCAGAAGCUGAGCGCGGAGCCGACGGCCACCUCGUGCUGGCCCCCUGUCCUGUCCUACUCCCGGGAUGUGAUAAAAACCUCUCCCCAGGCGGAGCCCCACUUGUUUCAGUAUAACCCACCAGGACACCCCAUCCCGCUGAACCUGCAUGAGAGCUCUCGCUCGGGGCUGCAGAGACUAGCAAGCAUCUCCAACCCUCCUCCCCUCAUCUCCUCCACCAAGCACCCCUCCGUGCUGGAGAGAUCCGUCGGAUCCAUUUCCCAGGGCAUGCCCAUCCAGCUCCACACGCCCUACAGCUCUGAGCACGCCAAGGUCCCCGUCGGCUCCAUCACCAUGGGUCUGCCGCUGACCAUGGAUCCCAAGAAACUGGUGCCUUUUCCUGGAGUAAAGCAGGAACAACUUUCUCCUAGAAGCCAGGCCAGCCAGCCGGAAAGUCUGGUUCUGCAGCCGUCCCAGGAGGGCUCCAUCCUGCGGGGUACUUCCCUCAGCUCUGCCUCGGGAGGGAGCAUCACCAAGGGAACGCCCACAUCCAGACCCCCUCCGGAGUCGCCCAUCACCUACCGAGGAUCCAUCACACACGGCACCCCGGCAGAAGUGCUGUACAAAGGAACCAUUACCAGGAUAAUCGGAGAAGACAGCCCCAGCAGAGCAGAGAAGGCGAGAGAGGAUGCCAUGCCCAAAGGACAUGUCAUCUACGAAGGAAAGAAGGGCCACGUGCUGUCCUACGAGGGUGGAGUUGCUGCUUCUCAGUGUCCCAAAGAAGACAGCAGGAGCUCAGGAGCUUCGCAUGAGACCACAGGAACCAAGCGGACCUACGAUAUGAUGGAGGGGAGGAUCAGCCGGGGCUUGUCAGCCCGUGACACCUUAUCUGCCAGCAUUGAAGGUCUCAUGGGUCGAGCGAUCCCUCCAGACCGACACAGUCCCCAUAACCUAAAGGAGCAGCAUCACAUGCGGGGCUCAAUUACACAAGGAAUACCUCGAUCCUACGUGGAGGCCCAUGAGGACUACCUCAGAAGAGAAGCCAAACAGCUCAAGAGGGAAAACACUCCACCGAGGGACUUAUCCGAUGCCUACAAGGUCAGGUCUCACGAGGGCCUUACUCCUCUGAAAAUGAAACCAGCCCAUGAAGGUCUGGUGGCCACGGUGAAAGAAGCGGGAAGAUCAAUCCAUGAGAUUCCCCGGGAGGAGCUGAGGCGGACACCAGACAUCUCUCUGACGAGACCUCUGAAGGAAGGCUCCAUCACGCAGGGUACCCCACUGAAGUACGACAGCAGCUCUUCCUCCUCAAGUACCAAAAAGCAUGACGUGCGGUCCAUCAUCGGCAGUCCCGGCAGGACUUUUCACUCUGUGCACUCACUGGAUGUCAUCCAAGACCCGAGGAAUUUGGAGAGAGCUUACGAAGACAGCCUGAAAAACAGGCCAAGCCCGGUGACAAACUCGGGUGGUUCCAUCGCCAGAGGGGCUCCUGUGAUUGUACCCGAGCCGGGCAAGCCCCACCAAAGUGCCCUCGCCUACGAGGACCACCAGGCAGGGCACAGCACGGCGUUCGGCAGCCACUUGCACAGAGGGUCUCCGGUCUCCACGCGGGAGUCCACGCCACGGCAGCAUGAAGGGACUUGGCGAACCUUUUAUUUGAUGCUAAGCAAGGCGAGCAGGCAAGGUCCGGUGUCCCAGGACAGAAAGAUCACCCCCACGUCAAGAGAGCUCACCAACUCCAAGUCUCCGCAUGCCCCCGUGGCCGACCACCACCACCCCAUCUCCCCGUACGAGCACCUGCUCCGUGGCGUGAGCGGGGUUGACCUGUACCGAGGACACAUCCCGCUGGCUUUCGACCCCGCCGCCAUCCCGAGGGGAAUCCAACUGGAAGCAGCUGCUGCUUACUACCUGCCAAGGCACCUGGCUCCGAGCCCCACGUACCCCCACCUCUACCCCCCGUACCUCAUCCGGGGCUACCCAGACACAGCCGCCAUGGAGAACCGACAGACCAUCAUCAACGACUACAUCACGUCCCAGCAGAUGCACCACAACGCCGCAGCCACGGCCAUGGCACAGCGGGCGGACAUGCUGCGCGGCUUGUCGCCCCGGGAGCCCUCCCUCGCCCUCAACUAUGCAGCAGGCAUCAUCGACCUGUCCCAAGUGCCACACCUGCCCGUCCUCGUGCCCCCUACCCCCGGCACCUCCGCCACCACCAUGGACCGCAUCACCUACAUCCCUGGACCCCCCCAGACCUUCGGCAGCCGGCACAGCAGCUCCCCGCUCUCCCCAGGAGGCCCCACGCACAUGACCAAACAGUCGGGAUCGUCAGUGUCCGAGCGGGAACGGGAGCGGGAGCGGGAACGGGAACGGGAAAGGGAGCGAGAAAAAUCCAUCCUGGCGUCCACCACAGUGGAGCAUGCGCCCAUCUGGAGACCAGGUACAGAGCAGUCCAGCAGCCGUUCGUCCUCACACUCUCACAGCCACCAGCACUCUCCCGUCUCACCCCGCACCCACGAGACCAUCCAGCAGCGCCCCAGCGUGCUCCACAACACGAGCAUGAAGAUCAUCUCCUCGGAGACCCCCACCCCUUCCGUCCUGCGAUCCUCCUCCACUACUACCACGUCGCCGAUCCGCUCCGCCGCUUUCCCCUCGGCCUCCACCCUGCGCUCCUCCAUCAGUGCGGCAGAUGGCUACACGGCCCUGAUGGACCCGGCUGUCCUGCAGAAAGAGGCCUCUCGGGUGCGGGAAGCCAAGGCAGAACGACCGCAGACUGACAACAACGUCUUCACCUCAAAGCUGCCCAGUGGGGCCAACCUCGAACAGUCGCCUUCACCCAUUAAAGCCAUGGAGUCGAGACCUUUACCCGCCUCCGGACCUGGUUCUUCUCAUCACUAUAGCAGAGGACAGGGGAAAAGCCAGCAGCACCAUCACCCUCUGGACCAGCAGCACGCAGCCUCGGGCCCCGAGCAGCACAGUAGAGAAAAGAGUCAAAGUAAACCCUUUUCAAUGCAGGAGCAGGAGCUCCGAGCACUCGGCUUUCACGGAGGCUACAGCCCUGAGCGGAUGGAAGCAGUGAGUCCUGUGAGCUCGCCCAGCCUGUCCCAUGAGAAAGGGGCCAAGCUGCUUCAGGAUACAGAGAAAGGGCACGGGGAGCAUGACCUGAGGCAGAAACAGCAAGGCUCGCUGAAGGCCUCGGCUCCCGAAGCAGCCCACCUGCAGCACCUCCGGCAGCCCGACGGCCCCCAGCCCCAGUGCCAGCCCCUGCAGUCCAGCCAGAGCAUCAAGGGCAUGAACCAGCGGGUGGUCACGCUGGCCCAGCACAUCAGCGAGGUCAUCACGCAGGACUACACACGCCAUCACCCGCAGCAGCUCAACUCCCACAUCCAGACGCCGGUGUACUCCUUCCCCGGGGCCGCGUGCCCCGUGCUGGACCUGCGCCGCACCCCCAGCGAGGCGUAUCUGCAGCAGCAGGAGCACGCGGCAGCCUCCAGGAUCUCCCCGCAGAAUGAAGGUGGCAAAAG